AGAGUGAGCGAGAAGGUCGGAGGAGCAGAGGGGACGAAGCUCGAUGAAGACUUCACUGAAAUGGAAAAGAGGGUGGACGCCACCUCUCGAGCAGUGAUGGACAUCAUUACAAAGACCACCGAGUAUCUGCAGCCAAACCCGGCCACCAGGGCCAAGAUGAGCAUGAUGAACUCCAUGUCUCGUAUGCGGGGCCAAGAGAAAGGGCCGGGCUACACGCAGACCGAGACCAUGCUGGGGGAUUCCAUGCAGAGGUUUGGCCGGGAGCUCGGAGAGGAGUCCACCUUUGGUCUUGCUCUGAUUGAUGUUGGAGAAGCCAUGCGUGAGCUGGGUGAGGUAAAGGAUGCUCUGGACAUGGAGGUGAAGCAGAACUUCAUCGACCCGAUGCAGAACCUCCACGAAAAGGACAUCAAGGAGAUUCAGCAUCACCUGAAGAAACUGGAGGGCCGCCGCCUGGACUUCGAUUAUAAGAAGAAGCGUCAGGGCAAAGUGACGGACGACGAGAUCAAACAGGCUCUGGAGAAGUUUGACGACUCGAAAGAGAUCGCUGAGCAGAGCAUGUUCAACCUGCUGGAGAGUGAUAUUGAACAGGUGAGCCAGCUGGCUGCGUUGGUCCAUGCUCAGGUGCAGUAUCAUUCCCGGGCUGCUGAAAUCCUCACACAGCUCUCCAGUAAGAUUGAUGAACGGAUAAGGGACACCUCUGGCAAACCAAAGAAGGAGUUUAUUGCAAAACCACGAACGUCUCUGGAGUUAUGCAUCAGUGAGAACCACAACGGAGGCAUCCACGGAGCUCGUUCUCCAGGUGCCAGGUCUCCAGCAAGAUCUCCAGCCAGGUCACCAGCCCCCCUGGACCAGCCCUCCUGCCGCGCCCUGUAUGACUUCGACCCCGAGAACGAAGGCGAGCUAGGCUUCAAGGAGGGCGACAUCAUCACCCUGACCAAUAAGAUUGAUGAGAACUGGUACGAGGGGAUGCUGCACGGCAACUCGGGCUUCUUCCCCAUCAACUACGUGGACAUCCUGGUGCCUCUGCCCCAGUAAGACGUCGCAGACGCACAAGCCGGGCCCGUGAUGUACCCCCGGCCUUUUCCAAGUUCCACAGUAUUCCCACUGAGCUAUUCCUGAAAAAAAAUCCCACUAAUGUCCUUCACUUCUCUUUAAAGAUUUGAAACAGCAACAACACAAAAACAAAAAGACGUGAACAAGGUGUUAAAGUGCGAUUGUGCGCUAAGUGAGUGUAGAAACGUGUUUUGAAAAUAAGGAAAAAUCUUUUUGCCUCACCUUAUCCCAGGAGGCCCUGUAGUCAUUCCUGUUCCUGCUUUCGUCUCGGUUUUCGUCUGCUGUCAGUCCGUCAUGAGUUGACCAUCAGAGCAACACUUUGACUCAUUGUUUGUCAAAAUACAGUAGCUAGAAGCUUUUCUCCCACGACUCGCAUCCUUUUUAUGCUCAUUAAGAAACUUUAGGUCAAGCAUGUAGUUUAGGCGCUUCUUUUCUUCUGUUUUUGUUUUGACAAUGUAGUGAUAAUUUUUUGUUUUUGUUUUGUUUUGGUAAAUCAUGUUCUGACAUGUUCAGGCUUGAGUUCCAAUCCUGCCCUAAACCAUUAGUUUGGAGUUUUAGAUAAAAUUCCUCUCAUGUUUGAAUAUUGUUAUGUUUAUUUAUCACACAGCGAAAUGUGCCAGAUUAUUGAUUUAAAAUAUAUAUAUGUAUGAAACUUUUCAGUUUCUUAUGUAACAGUACAUAUCUGAACACGUUAGGUGAUUUAACAGACAAAUUGGGUAGAUUAAAUUGCUUUAAGUGUUUUUAAGGAAUAAAAUUUAGUCCUUCAGCAAGAAACCUGGCUUGACAGAGCAACACUUGCUGUUUCAUUUAUUAUCCUACAGCUCAGCUGUAUGCGUCACUAAGAAGGCGUGGAAGGAGGGAAAUAAAUUUAAAAAAUGAUCGAGCAGAUUGAUAAUGGAUGCUCUAUGUGUGUGGAUUUUUUUUUUAUCAUUUGAAAUGAUGCAACUCACAUGAAAAGCUUGAUGCUUUGUGGUUAUACAGAUAAAAAAAUGUUACCAAAAUAUCAAAUAAAAAAACUUAUUCAUGUGCAAUACUUUAUUUCCUGGUUGCACUAAAAAUCUAAUUGUGUUGUUUUAAUCAGCUCGGGGCCUCGGCACGCUCGUCAUCCUCGAGGCUUUGUUCUCUGCUGCAGUGAUGACGUAUUAAUCGAUCAGCGCAGCAGCAACGCUUUGUGAUCUGCAUGUGUUUCAGGGGUCAGGAGGUGCGUGGUAGGGGGGCUUCUGUUCAGAAUCGGGGUUUCAGACGAACUCCUCGGCUGCUGAGGUGUUUCAGAUUUUCUGUCUCGGACAGUGUUCACCAUCAGAACUAACGUCACAGAACCACUUCACUACCUUCAGCUACAAUAAGAGAUGCAAAACUAACCGAUGAUGUGUUAAGUGUUACUUUUAUUUGUGGAAAGGGAAGCACAACUCUAACGGACGGUGUUUCUUUGUUGACUACGUUAUAGUGAUGCAGUGUGAGCAGGUUAUGUAUUUCUUUAUUUUUAAGGCAAAAUAAAUUCUACCUUUUUUUCUUUCUUUCACUUUUUUAUUUUAUUGUGUGCAUCUUUGCCCUCAAUGAGGACUGUACAGCUUUUUUUGUGUGUGUUUUAUUUUCACCUUGUGUGUAUAGUCGCGCAUCUACAGUAACGUAUCUUAUUUUUGUAACUGUGACUAAAGUAUACACAUCCAGUAUAGGUGUAUAUAUAAAUAUAUAUACAGUAUGUAUAACCCAGAAGUAAUGUUAUAGGAGGGGUUUGUUGUGCUGCACAUGAUUGUCUGAACUAUUUUGUGUUUUGUUUCUGUUUGACUUGAUUCUUGCACUGGAUUAAACAAAUGUCUGCUUGAUGUAAACAUAAAGAAAAUGUGAUGAGUUAUUGUAAUUUAUUCAAAUAAAUGCAGAGAAAUGAU